GAAGUAAAAGUAAACAACGCAUAGAUAGGAAACGAUGUUAUGUUGCGUUAGUUAUCCGUUCUCACUCCGAGUCUGUGAUUUUUGGUGCUUCAUUCAAAAUGCCUGACGGAUUUAUAACCCGAUAAGGGCAAGGACCCGGUUAGAGACAAGCUGAAAACCGAUCUCGCUAUGUUAGCCAUCAGAUCGUCAGAGGAGGAGUCCGCAGAGAUGGAGGAGAUGGACACCUCAGAACCCAACUGGUGCUGGUUCUACUUGGCUGAGUGUGGAGUGUGGCAUAUGUUUGAGAUUGAUCCCAGUGCAGCCUGCUCUGUGACCAGCGCUCAGAUUGAGCAGUGCUAUAACAGGAACCAACGUGGCGUCAUGGAAUUCUACACAGCAAAGUAUACGUACAGGCUUGACUUCUCAGUUAUGCGACAGAUAAAUGUAACGACAGGAAAGCAGCGGCCAAUUAAACGCUCCCUCCACUCGGCAACUGGCUUCAGGUUUAUUUGUGAUAACCUCGCCUUGCCUGUUCCCUGUCAUUGGGAGAGAAUCAAUACAGAUGAGCCCUAUCAGCUCAUCCAGCUCGGAAGAGACACCUAUGAGUUUAAAGAAGUAGCCAGACUGUACGAAAGGACCAUGGAUCAUCCAAUCAAAUCCAUCCAGAGGAUUCAGAACCUGGACUUGUGGGAGUUUUUCUGCAGGAAGAAAACACAGUUGCGAAAAGUCAAGCGAACAUUGGAUAUUGAGGAGCGAAUGCUGUUUCAUGGCACAGGACACAGCAACAUACAAGCUAUAUGUACGUUUAACUUUGACUGGCGGCUGACUGGAAGCCAUGGCGAUGUUUAUGGCAAAGGGAGCUACUUUGCCCGGGAUGCCAAAUACUCCAGUAAAUUCUGUCACACCACGGGGAAGCACAACACCACUUUACAGAGACACGGACUCGCCCCGCCAAUAUUUGCCAGUGAGCCGCCUUAUAAGACCAUGUUCCUGGCCAGAGUGCUUGUCGGAGAGUACACGGUUGGUCAUCCUAUGUACUGCAGACCACCCUCCAAGGACGCCAGCUUCACCAACUUUUAUGACAGUUGCGUGGACGAUAUGGCCAAUCCAAAGAUUUAUGUCAUUUUUGACAGCAACCAGAUUUACCCAGAGUAUCUGAUUGAGUUCUACUGACGCCUAACACAAACUUUUUUCUUAUCAAAACAUGAACUAUAGAGGCUGGAUCUCAAAUAUGGAAAUAUUUAGGAUACAAAGUCAGAUGAUGGGAUGGAACAGAGAGAGAAGAGUUAAAGGGACCUUUGCUUUUUCUUUCAGUUAGAUCUGGUGCCUAACUGGAGCAUGGGUCAUCUAAAGUGCCUUUAAGGAAUUGGAAAAUCAAGAAGACAAUACAGACUUUGUGUACAGUUUGUUUACUGUACAGUAUAUUCUAAGACGGGACCUUGUGGUUGGAUUUUUUCUCUGUGACUUAUAAAAAGUCUGAAAAAACUGAAUGAAAAUCUGCUUUUACUUUAAUCAGUCUUAGUGGAAGUUUUGUAUUUAAUGCAGAAUAUGUGCUUGCUUGUUGAAUAUCUGUGCACAGUUGUUAAACAUAAGAGUGGAACUUGCAGCCUGUAGAUUAUAGGUGAUGUCCUGCCACCGGCCACAGCCCUUCUCUCACGUCCACACAGUGCCACGCAUGAGCUUAUUUACAAGUCAUAGUUCCUGAUGACGAAACCAAAAACCAUGUUCAUGCUUACCCAUUAAGCCCCGUGAUCUGUUACUUAGUGACAUAAACAUCUGUGUGUACCUGGUACGAUGUAUUAUGUAGGCAUGGAUUCUUUUGUUUUUAUUCCCCAAAAAACGCUUCUACCUCUGCAUUUUUUUAAACCAUGCAUCAGUGCACUUUAUUCUUUCUGUGAAAGGCUCGGUAAUUGUGUCACAGUGACAUAAAGUUGUGAUGUCUUGUAUUCAA